UGCAGCACGGCAUGGCGGCCCUACCGGCAGGGCUCUUCGCCGUCUACAAACCGGCGGGGGUGGCCUGGACCCGCGUCCGUGAGGCGGUGGAGACGCGGCUGCUGAGCGAGCUGAACGCGGCGCCGGGGCGUCCCCCGAGGCAGCACGUCCGAUUCCUGCCCGCCCCGGCCGGGAGCGAUGGAGGGGUCACCGGGCUGGUGGCCACCAGGGUGCCGGUGCUGGCCGACCACCCCCUCGUCCGAGGUCCGCGGUUCAGGCAGCUGAAGAUCGGAGCAGGUCACCGACUGGACGUGAAGGCCUCGGGAGUCUUUGUGCUUGGCAUAGGCCAUGGGAACAAGCUGCUCACUGACCUGUACAACUGCCACCUCACCAAGGUUUACACUGUUGGUGGGCUGUUCGGUAAAGCCACUGAUGACUUCUCAGACACAGGGAAGCUAGUGGAGAAGACGACAUUUGAUCAUAUCACAAGGGAGAAGCUGGAACGGAUUCUCGCUGUCAUUCAAGGAACAAACCAUAAGGCCCUGCUGAUGCAUUCCAACAUCGAUCUGAAAACACAAGAGGCCUACGAGCUGGCUGUCAGAGGGUUGAUUCGCCCCAUGGGAAAAAGCCCUCCGAUAAUCACAGCGAUCCGAUGCCUCCAGUUCACACCUCCAGAGUUCCAGCUAGAAAUCCACUGCUUGCACGAGACUCAGCAGUACCUCCGAAAAGUCGUCCACGAGAUCGGUCUGGAGCUGAAAUCCUCUGCCGUGUGCACGCGGGUGCGGAGAAUCCGCGACGGUGUUUUCACCCUGGAUGAUGCUCUCCUGAGGACCCAGUGGAACCUGCAGAGCGUACAGAAGGCCAUUUGGGACUGUCAGCUGAAAGUGAAAACGGAGCUGGAGAGAACGUUAGGCCACCAGGGGAAAAGUCCCCUGGAUGAGAUGGAUGCUGAGGUGGGCCACGCUGCAGACAGCUGAGCGCGGGCUACGGAGGGAAUGGCCACCAGCCAUCCCUGCAGCACAUCACAGCAGCCACACGCUGACAGCCUGACGGACAGCAGGAGGAAAGAGGUUAAUUGCAGUUCGCUUCCACCCUUCCCUUGAAACGACUUUCAUCAGGGAGGCAUUUAUUUUCACUGACAGGCUGUAUAAUUAUUUUUUUUUUCACAGCAUCGCAAACAGUUCAUUAACAGGAGUGAGCCGUGCCAAAAUUCCUGGUGGCUUGGGGAACAUUUGGUUGCUAAGGGAUGUAAAAACCCAUCCCCAAAUUGUUCCUCAGCAGGAAACAGACAGCAUCUUACAGAGCUGUAUUCCCUUGACUGCACGGAUUUGUUUGUUCCUUGCAAGCGGCUGCAUAACUUAUCUACUGUAUGGAUUUUAUUUUCCCUCUGUUGUCCUGGCGUAUUUUCUUUCCAUCAGUCCUGCUUUCAGACAAGUAAAAGCUCAAAAUCAGACUAAAAGAGGGACGUGCAGGAGAGAACAGAGCUUACACAAAGCAAUGGGAGGGAAUGGUUAUAUCCAGGGUAGGCGUCUGAUGAGGAAAGUGGCUUGUGAUAGGGACUGAUCCAUAAAAUACACAAGAAAUAGAACUGAAAGUGACCUAAAGGGGAAGAAGCUGGUUCUUGGCUCAGUUCUCACCCAUGGGUGCACUGACUCUCAAAAAAAGAGCAUGAUGGGGUUUUUUUUUUUGAGGUGCUUUUUUUCCCCCUAAGGAGCCAAGGGUGUUUGGGGGGCUGUGGUAUCCUGCUCCACAGCAGCUCCAUGGCAUGUACUGCCCUUCAGUGAAACUCUGUGAGCUCUGUAACGCCAUUUGUUCUCCUUUAGCUCCUUACAGCUGGGUCUGACUUAGCAGAAAUACACUUUCUAAAUUUAAAUUAAAAAUCUGAAGUUACCCUUACAUUUAUUGCACUCAAUAUUUUUCCAGCUAUACACUUAGCUAGCAAGUUUGGAGAUUUAUUUAUAGAAAGCAGAAGAUUUGUUCUAUUCCUUUUCUGGAUUUGGACUAAAGCCAGCAUAUUUCAUCCUCCAGAUAGCCCUUAAGGUACAAGAAGUAACUGGGAGGAGCAGUAAGAGGGGGCUGUGAUGAAAGAGUGAAGUGGCAGAGUCCAGUCCUGUCCUGAAGCACCCCAGGAGUCAUUAACUUUGUGCCUGGAAUCUUCCAAUUCUGGGUUUCCCUGCUCUGCACAGAGCAGCCAGAAGAGCAGCGGAGCGGAGCUGCCACCCCGCGGCACGUCACCGUGCCAGCUGCUGAGCUGCAGGGACUCCCCAAGGACAGCUCGCUCCUACCUCAGCUGGUUGGGUCCGUGCACAUCCAUCCUCCGAGGACACGGGACUGGGGACAGGGCACCUUCCUUGGACAACUGUCCUGCACCAGCUGAAGUGGAAGCCUGAGUUCUGGAGCCAGGCAGAACACUUGCACUGCUACAGCUAUGAGUUUAAAUACUAGUGCUCCUACAAGGAGAAAACACAGACUUCUCAGUCCUUAAAUAACCUUCAAUAACACUGGUAAUGGAAUAUGCUUCAUCCCCCGUGGCUUACAUUUAACACAAACCGAGGGAAUUUCUGUAUGUACUUCCCAUUGCAAAAAAACCCCACUUCCAGUUGUGUGUGCCAUUGCCAGAACUAACAUUUUGACAGGAACACUCCAGCAUAAACCAGUUCUUCCACACAGAAAACAGCAGCCAAAACAGCAAGGUGGGUUUUGAGAAUAAAGUGAGCAUUUCCCAGUUCUUGCCGCCUUGUCGCUUUUUUCCUCCCCUUAGAACUAUUCCAAAACAGGAGUUUUUCACACUUGGCAAGAGGGGAUUUAUGGUGGGGAGGGUGCACCUAUAACUGUACCUGUGAGUCCAUUCUUACAUGGCCACAGUAAACACCCUCCAGAAAAGCAAAGCUGCACAUCAGCAGAGAGUUGCUCGAAUCAAUCACAGAAUACAGAUAUUUUCUCUGCAUUUUAGACCCCUCCUCAUGGCUUUUGUGGCAAAACAAGUUACUUAUUAGUGGUGCUUCUGUGCCAGGUCCAGAA